GAGUAGGGUCCAGGGAAACGGGGUCAGCUGUGGGUGGCGGUUCCAGGCCGCGAGACCGGGCUCCUGGGGCGGUGGGCUAGUGUCUUGGCGGACGUUCCGCAGCUGCCGCGUGGAUCCGAGCCGGGGACACCCGCCGUGACUGGGGCAGUCCCGGGGCGCCCUCGGCCCCAUCCCAAGCAGCGCGGCCUGGCUGCUGCCGCCAUCAAACAGGUUCCAGCCGAAAACUCUUAACUAGUCACUCGUUAGACACGUGUGCGGAGCCUGUGUCCCAGGCCAGUGCUGUCCCCUGGAGAUAGAUUGCAAGCCGCUACGGAAUUUUUUAACUUUCUAGUGCUGGAGAGCUGGACGGAGGCAGAUCAGGCAUUCCAUUUGGGGCACGCUGAACUUGAUUGAGACCCUGAUAGUUGUCCAGAUGGAACAGGACACUUGAGUCUGGGAUUCGGGGAGAACUCCAGAUGAGACAAACACUCCUAGCUUUCCUUUUCUCUUUUUGGAUGACUGCUACAGGUAUCCUUUGGGUGCAGUGAGACUGCAGGAGAGCUGCUGCUUUGGGGAUGGGCAGGGGCAGCAGGAAUGCCUUUGUGUUUUCACAGUGACCCUCCUUGGCCUGGGCGAAGCUGUGUGGACCAAGCAAGCCAGGAGUGUGGCCAUGUUUUCUGAGCAGGCUGCCCAGAGGACCCACACUCUGCUGUCCCCACCAUCAGCCAACAAUGCCACCUUUGCCCGGGUGCCAGUGGCGACCUACACCAACUCCUCGCAACCCUUCCGGCUAGGAGAGCGCAGCUUUAGCCGGCAGUAUGCCCACAUUUAUGCCACCCGCCUCAUCCAAAUGAGACCCUUCCUAGAGAACCGGGCCCAGCAGCACUGGGGCAGUGGAGUCGGGGUGAAGAAGCUGUGUGAGCUGCAGCCUGGGGAGAAGUGCUGUGUGGUGGGCACUCUGUUCAAGGCCAUGCCGCUGCAGCCCUCCAUCCUGCGAGAGAUCAGCGAGGAGCACAACCUGCUCCCCCAGCCUCCUCGGAGCAAAUACAUACACCCAGAUGAUGAACUGGUCUUAGAAGAUGAACUGCAGCGUAUCAAACUAAAAGGCACCAUUGAUGUGUCAAAGCUGGUUACAGGGACUGUCCUGGCUGUGUUUGGCUCCGUGAGAGACGAUGGGAAGUUUCUGGUGGAGGACCAUUGCUUUGCUGACCUUGCUCCCCAGAAGCCCGCACCCCCACUUGACACAGAUAGGUUCGUGCUGCUCGUGUCAGGCCUGGGCCUGGGUGGAGGUGGAGGUGAGAGCCUGCUGGGCACCCAGCUGCUGGUGGAUGUGGUGACAGGGCAGCUUGGGGACGAAGGGGAGCAGUGCAGUGCCGCUCAUGUCUCCCGGGUUAUCCUCGCCGGUAACCUCCUCAGCCACAGCACCCAGAGCAGAGAUUCUAUCAAUAAGGCCAAGUACCUCACCAAGAAAACCCAGGCAGCCAGCGUGGAGGCUGUGAAGAUGCUGGAUGAGAUCCUCCUGCAGCUGAGUGCCUCAGUGCCCGUGGAUGUGAUGCCAGGCGAGUUUGAUCCCACCAACUACACGCUCCCCCAGCAGCCCCUCCACCCCUGCAUGUUCCCGCUGGCCACUGCCUACUCCACACUCCAGCUGGUCACCAACCCCUACCAGGCCACCAUUGAUGGAGUCAGAUUCUUGGGGACAUCAGGACAGAAUGUGAGUGACAUUUUCCGAUACAGCAGCAUGGAGGAUCACUUGGAGAUUCUGGAGUGGACCCUGCGGGUCCGUCACAUCAGCCCCACAGCACCUGACACUCUAGGUUGUUACCCCUUCUACAAAACCGACCCAUUCAUCUUCCUAGAGUGCCCGCAUGUCUACUUUUGUGGCAACACCCCCAGCUUUGGCUCCAAAAUCAUCCAAGGUCCUGAGGACCAGACAGUGUUGUUGGUGACUGUCCCUGACUUCAGUGCCACGCAGACCGCCUGCCUUGUGAACCUGCGCAGCCUGGCCUGCCAACCCAUCAGCUUCUCGGGCUUCGGGGCAGAGGACGAUGACCUGGGAGGCCUGGGGCUGGGCCCCUGACUCAAAAAGGUGGUUUUGACCAGAGAGGCCCAGAUGGAGGCUGUUCAUUCCCUGCAGUGUUGGCGUUGUAAAUAAAGCCUGAGCACUUGCUGAUGCGA